AAAUUACAAAUAUAUUAGGGAUUCUAUUUAAAGCUUUAUAUAGUGGCCAUUUGUAGUAUAGCACUAAGAUAAUGCACUGUCAGGAACUGUGUACGGGCCUAAGAUCAGUUUGGUGGAUCGUUUUGAUCAGUUUCCUAACCAUUGCUGAGGAUGUCGUGGUUGGAGUUGGUUCCCCCCCCCCAAGAUUUAUUUAUUUUAGAGAGAGAGUGUGAGUGAGCAGGGGGCGGUGCAGAGGGAGAGAGAAAGUCUCAAGCAGACUCCCGGCUGAGUGCAGAGCCCGAUGGAGGGCUCGUUCUCAUGACCCUGUGAUCAUGACCUGAGCCGAAACCAAGAGUCAGACUCUCAACUGACUGAGCCACCCUGGCGCCCCGUGGGGAUUUUUGAACCACAUUGCUGUCUGUCGUACACAUGUACGAGAGGCUAUUCUUGGUGCUGGAACUAUGCAGGAAGCAAGACACAUAAUAUUUCUGCCCUCGUGGAGAUUAUAUUUUGAUAUGGAGCGAACAGGAGUAAGUUAAGAAAUGAUGGCUCUGUGAGGGCAGACACUGUUGUUUGUGAGUUCACUGCUGUACUACAGCACCUGAAAUACGGUAGAGGCACAAUCUUUGUGAAAUGAAUGGAUGUAAUUUCAGAGAAAUGCUAGAACGAAGUAGAAUAAGGAAAAGAGAGUGGCAAGGCUUUGGAGUUGGACGGAUCAGGGUACAGUUUGUCUCAUCACUGCUAAGCUCAGUGACCCUGCCCUCUCUGAGACUUGGUCUCUGCAUGGACAACAAUGAAUGCCUAGUUGGAAUUGUCCAGUAGGUUAAGUGUGAUGAGAUCCUGUUUAGCACAGGGCUUGGUAUACAGGAUGUGUUUUGUAAAUGAACCUGAAUGUUUGGGUUCAUUCUGUGAAUUGAGCUCUUAGGUCAUUUCAAGAGCUGAACUAAUUUCUUGAGCAACUGCUAAAUUGAGGCUGGCUUCAGACUAGGGAUUAAACCUGAUUUGGUUGAACGUGGGUCAAGAAACAGCCAAGUUUACCAAGCUAGUCAUCUCUUUCUGGCUUUUUGAGAGCUUUCAUGGAAAUAAAGGCUAAACAGGUGGCACUGACCUUUGCUUUCAUGGAAAUAAAGGCUAAACAGGUGGCACUGACUAUAUUUCUCCCUUGCUUUGGGUAAACAUUAGUGAAAUGCCUAGAAGGGCAUAUUUCUUUUGAUUCUCUGCAUCUGAGCAACUUUACCUUCUAGAAUUUGCUUUCCACUGUGACUUACACCCUGGCAGACCUAGUCCGUUCUUGCCCAUAUGGUCUCAAGAAAUACUCCUGAACUGACCUGGAUAAUGGUGGUUAUCUCAUUGUAUUUAAGCAAUAAUGUACAUCACUUCACGUGUCAUAAUUCUCCCACUUUCUCCUGGUUGGGGGCCAAGUUGGUAAAUCAGAGAAGACACUUAGGCAAGACAAUUGCAAAUGCAGGACAUUUAAGUGUUAGCACAGCCUCAGAUGAAAGGAGAGGGGGUAAGGGGUGCUGUAAGGGAAGAAGGGCUGCUUGAACACUGAAUUAAGGAGAGUUUAUUUAUAAACAAUGAUACAUCAUUUACUCUCUAACCCUUCUCUUCUUUGUGGGGAAGGGAGAGCUUUUUGGCUAGGCAGAAGAUACAGAAGAAAGAUGAAGUCAGGUGAAGCAAAAAAAAAAAAAUUGGAGUGGCCCUGAGUAAUUCUCUGCUGUGUGUUACUUGUCACCAUCAAAAUAGCCUGGUCUUCCUUCCACUCAGGUCAUGUUCUCAAUGAUUCUAAAACACAACUGUUUUGCUUUUCCUUGCAGUUCUCUAGCAGGUUUUGAAGUCGCUUGAAAGCCCUCCUUGGAUUAUUGUGGAUUCAGCUGCACAUGAACACGAGGCUUAGAUGUCCGCCUCAGCUCCAGCAGAACAGAACUAGCUGACCAGUGACUGUGGGAAGAGCACAAGGUCUACUGUACCCACACAUCGGCCCCUUUCUGUGUCCUUCCCACAUCAAGAAUGAUGCGUGAGAUGAGUGAGUAACCAGAUAUCUUCGUGGCGUGAGACAUUUCCUGUCUGUGACUUCAGUCUUUCUCCCCAGCAGCAGCUUUCCGGCCGUGAGGCAAGAGAUCUGCUCUGUCACAAAGGGGGAGGGACUUGCCCCAACAUUCUUGACGUCUCCCUGACCAGGGAGGUGUUUAGUCUUAAUUAAGACAGUUGCAGAGGGGCUGGGAGUCAGGAGUUCCAUCCCCGGGUUGAGGAGAAAAGGACUCAAGAGAAAAGGCCGAGACCAGACAUUUGCAGAGCAGCUCAGCUCGUUGAAAGUUGGCUUUGUUUAACGCCCAGCUUCUCAGAAGAUUUUCCUCGGCUGAGUGGGCUUGGUGGAGCCCUGGCUUGAGAGUGUUGCUUAGCAACGAGAUCUUGUGGCACCCAGUUCUCAAAGAGUCAAGCAACCCAUCCCCUGCCUCAGCUACCACCCCAAGCCUCCUAUUAGACAAUCAAGUGUACGCCGGAGGGAGGGACCAGAGAGAGGGGGCGAAGUUUAAUCAUUGAACUCUAAGCUGCCUGGAAGUAUUUAAUCUGCAGCACCUAGCUCCCGGAGGCCUCCAGCCAGAACUGGGAGUAGGCAGCACUCUGGAGACACAGGAGUAAACACUGCACAGAAAGCUCUGCCCAUCUCAAGAGAAACCAAACUCGGACAAAAUGUUUGCGGUACAUUUGAUGGCAUUUUACUUCAGCAAGCUGAAGGAAGAUCAGAUCAAGAAGGUGGACAGGUUCCUGUAUGACAUGCGGCUCUCCGAUGAGACCCUUUUGGACAUCAUGGCUCGCUUCCAGGCUGAAAUGCAGAAGGGCCUGGGGAAGGACACCAACCCCACAGCCGCCGUGAAGAUGCUUCCCACCUUUGUCAGGGCCAUUCCAGAUGGCUCAGAAAAUGGGGAAUUUCUUUCUCUGGAUCUUGGAGGGUCCAAAUUUCGUGUCUUGAAGGUACAAGUCUCUCAAGAGGGGAAAAGAAACGUCCAGAUGGAGAGUCAGUUCUACCCAACACCCAAUGAAAUUAUCCGAGGCAAUGGCUCCGAGCUGUUUGACUACGUAGCUGACUGUCUGGCAGAUUUCAUGAAGACGAAAGGGUUGAAGCAUAAGAAAUUGCCCCUUGGCCUAACCUUCUCUUUUCCGUGCAGACAGACUAAGUUGGAAGAGGGGAUCCUGCUUUCAUGGACCAAGAAGUUUAAGGCACGGGGAGUUCAAGGCACAGAUGUCGUGAGUUGUCUGACCAAAGCCAUGAGAAAACACAAGGACAUAGACGUGGACAUCCUGGCCUUGGUCAAUGACACCGUGGGGACCCUGAUGACAUGCGCCUAUGAUGAUCCCUACUGUGAAGUUGGUGUCAUCAUUGGCACCGGCACCAACGCGUGUUACAUGGAGGACAUGAGCAACAUUGACCUGGUGGAGGGCGAUGAGGGGAGGAUGUGUAUCAACACGGAGUGGGGGGCCUUCGGCGACGACGGGGCUCUGGAAGACAUCCGCACCGAGUUCGACAGGGAGCUGGACCUCGGCUCUCUCAACCCUGGGAAGCAACUGUUUGAGAAGAUGAUCAGUGGCCUGUACCUGGGUGAACUUGUCAGGAUCAUCUUGCUGAAGAUGGCCAAGGCAGGUCUCCUGUUUGGCGGCGAGAAGUCCUCUGCUCUCCACACAAAGGGCAAGAUUGAAACACGGCACGUGGCUGCCAUGGAGAAGUAUAAGGAAGGCCUUGCCAAUACAAGAGAGAUCCUGACAGAUCUGGGCCUGGAGCCUUCAGAGGCCGACUGCAUUGCGGUCCAGCACGUCUGCACCAUCGUCUCCUUCCGUUCAGCCAACCUGUGUGCAGCGGCCCUGGCAGCCAUCCUGACGCGCCUCCGGGUGAACAAGAAGCUGGCGCGGCUCCGCACCACAGUGGGCAUGGACGGCACGGUCUACAAGAUACACCCUCAAUACCCCAAACGCCUGCACAAGGUGGUGAGGAGACUGGUCCCGAACUGUGACGUCCGCUUCCUCUUGUCGGAGAGUGGCAGCACCAAGGGGGCUGCCAUGGUGACAGCGGUGGCCUCCCGAGUGCAGGCCCAGCGGAAGCAGAUCGACAAGGUGCUGGCUCUGUUCCAGCUGACUCGAGAGCAGCUUGAGGAUGUGCAGGGCAAGAUGCGGGCUGAGUUCGAGUACGGGCUGAAAAAGGACACCCACCUGACGGCCACAGUCAAGAUGCUGCCCACCUACGUCUGCGGGAUGCCGGAUGGCACAGAGAAAGGAAAGUUCCUUGCCCUGGAUCUGGGGGGAACCAACUUCCGGGUCCUCCUGGUAAAGAUCAGAAGUGGACGGAGGUCGGUGCGAAUGUACAACAAGAUCUUUGCCAUCCCCUUGGAGAUCAUGCAGGGCACCGGCGAGGAGCUGUUCGACCACAUCGUGCAGUGCAUUGCUGACUUCCUAGACUACAUGGGCCUCAAGGGAGCCCAGCUGCCUUUGGGCUUCACGUUCUCAUUUCCCUGCAGGCAGACGAGCAUCGACAAGGGAACGCUCAUUGAGUGGACCAAAGGCUUCAAGGCCACGGAUUGUGAAGGGGAAGACAUGGUGGACAUGCUCAGGGAAGCCAUUAAGAGGAGAAAUGAGUUCGACCUGGACAUAGUUGCAGUUGUGAAUGACACAGUGGGUACCAUGAUGACCUGCGGCCAUGAAGAUCCUAAUUGUGAGAUUGGCCUGAUUGCAGGAACAGGCAGCAACAUGUGCUACAUGGAGGAGAUGAGGAACAUUGAACUGGUGGAAGGGGACGAAGGGAAGAUGUGCAUUAACACAGAGUGGGGAGGAUUUGGAGAUAAUGGCUGCAUAGACGACAUCCGGACACAAUAUGACAAGAAGGUGGAUGAGGGGUCCUUGAACCCUGGCAAACAGAGAUAUGAGAAAAUGACCAGUGGGAUGUACCUGGGGGAGAUUGUGCGGCAGAUUCUGAUCGACCUGACCAAGCAGGGUCUCCUUUUCCGUGGGCAGAUUUCAGAGCGUCUCCGGACCAGGGGCAUCUUUGAAACCAAGUUCCUGUCCCAGAUUGAAAGUGAUCGACUGGCCCUCCUCCAGGUCAGGAGGAUCCUGCAGCAGCUCGGCCUGGACAGCACAUGUGAGGACAGCAUUGUGGUGAAGGAGGUGUGCGGAGCUGUGUCCCGGCGGGCAGCCCAGCUCUGCGGCGCCGGCCUGGCUGCUGUCGUGGAGAAGAGGAGGGAAGACCAGGGGCUGGAGUACCUGAAGAUCACCGUGGGAGUGGAUGGCACGCUGUACAAGCUGCACCCGCACUUUUCUCGGAUAUUGCAGGAAACUGUGAAAGAGCUAGCUCCUCGAUGUGAUGUGACGCUCAUGCUGUCCGAAGAUGGGAGUGGAAAGGGAGCUGCUCUGAUCACUGCUGUGGCCAAGAGGUUACAGCAGGCCCAGAAGGAGAACUAGGAACUCCCUCGGGCUUGGGCCCGAUGUACCUUGGAUGCUGACCAGCCUUUCCUCCGGCAGAUGAGUUGGUCAGGGACCAACAGGCAAGCUUCUAGCUGACUUCCCAUUCUGGAUGGCCGAAAGAGAACCCCGGGUUCUUGGGUACUCCUAGCAUUUUGUUACUCAGUGUUUUCAGGGGCAUUAAAUGACAUUUCUGACUGGCAUAUUUGGGCCAAAGAUGGGCCAACUUGUAAAAUCAGAGCAUUUGGGCCUGAGAGAUCCCCUUUUAGCAAAUUUUUCAGUUGAGGCCUGAGCUGUUAGUUCUCUGUGGCUUUGGGUCCUGUGGCUGUUGGACUUGGAAACAUGUACGCUAUCUGUCCACGUGGCCUGGCUGGCUGAGCUCCCUAUUGGGAUGCUUCCGCUGUUGAUUGAGUUAGGUUGGGUCCUUGCUUGUGGAUGCACAUUUGAGAAGGGUUGGGACUUAUGUAAUAAACUGGAGAUCUAAUCUAACUUGUCCUUAACUUGUCAUGCUGAUAUGGAACGUGGAAAGAGAACAAAGACUUUUGUUCUUUUAAGCCCCAGGAUGAAGAAGGGUUGGUUGCCAGGCGGCCCUGCAGGAAUCUUUUCGUGCUUAAAGUGAGUUAUGUCAGCACCUGUAGGAUUUUGCUUCUCAAUAUUGCGUGUGUGAUGGGGAGGGGUGCCAUUUGGGGCACCUGUUUUCAUUUUACAUGUGGUUUGUGUUGCUACUGUGGAUAGUUGUUUUAAGGACUGUUAGGUAUAUGAAAUCCAGUAAACAAAUAAAAAAUAUUUGAU